CUACGCUUCUCUCGCCCUGCCUUCUCGAUACAUUAAAAAAUCCGCCCUUUCAAUUUCUCUUAUUUCUUUUUACAGGGUCAGGGUUUCUUAGACGCGUUAUCUUUGAUUUUUAUUAUCUUAUUAAAAAAAUAAAGGAAGUUACCAAAGCCCCUCAAUAACCUCUCAAAAUUACAAAAUCUUUCUUCCACUUGUUGAACAAAGUUUCUAGAUAAAGUAUGGCUAGGUUCUUCUGCUCUCUCUUCUCUGGAGUGGCAAUCUUGGAAUGGUUAUGAAUAAUGUUUCUGGACAUGAAAAUGCGGAAACUUAUUCGAUUCAAGGAGCUGAGUUAAAUCCUAUUUUGACAAGUCCAGCUGUUGAGCUAGUUGAAACCAUGUACAACGAAGGAACCCCUGGGUUUGUGGCGGAUCAGGGCUUGUUUUAUCCUGCUGCCACUGAGUAUGGUUACUACUGUACAGGAUUUGAGACACCCGUCGAAUGGGAGGACCAUCAAAAGAUUUUUGGUGCAGAUGGUCCUGAAAUCCAGUAUGCGGGUGCACAAACUGAAUGUUUACCUUAUGUAUAUUAUGCACCUAGCUAUGCAUAUGCACAGUCUCCAUAUAACCCAUACAAUCCUUACAUACCUGGUGCUAUGAUAGGAGUUGAUGGCCCGUAUGCAGGGGAGCAACAAUAUUACACAGUUCCCCCUUAUCAGGACCCUGUAUCUUCAUCUGGCUACAUUCCUGUUGUUGUUCAACCAGAAGCCUUUCAAAAUAGUUCAGCAGAUCCUUUGUUAGAUACUAGAACAGCACGCAAUAGCAGACCUGAUGGGAAAAGUUUAAAGCAUGGCAUUUCUUCAUCAUCUGCAGCCUUUGCUUGGAACCCCUCUAGACCUGCUUCAAACCAAACCAAUUCUUUGAACAGGAUAUCUGAAGGGCCGAAGGCUAAUGUUGGACCUGUUAAGCAAUCACAUGGAGGUGUUUCUUCUGGCAGCAUUCUUACUCAAGCUUCAUCACACGUCCUUCAGGGUAGAAGUGCUCCUGGCCCGAUGCAUCCUAUUGACUACAUUUCAAACAGCAAAGUCCGAUCUCAUCAGAACCAAUUAAAAGUCACUCUACCUGUCAGCAAUGACUUUUCUAAUUUUGGAUCAAGUGCUUAUGGCCGAACCUCAGUGGAUAAACUUCGAUCUAAGUUUCAUGCUGGCAGAACUUUCAGUGAUCUGAAUGGAAAUGCGGAGCUGUUGGGUGAGCAGAAUCGUGGACCUAGGAUCAACAAUUUGAAAAACCAACCAGCUGUUAAAGCCGACACAACCAGAGUGAGAGAUAAUAAUGGGCUAGGCAACAUCGUUGUACAGACUGACCAGUACAACAAGGAUGAUUUCUCAACCGAUUAUGCAGAUGCAAAGUUUUUUGUAAUAAAAUCGUAUAGUGAGGAUGAUGUGCACAAAAGCAUCAAAUAUAACGUGUGGUCAUCUACACCUCAUGGAAACAAAAAGCUGCACAGUGCAUUUGAAUAUGCACAGAAACUAGAUUUGGGAAGACCUAGAGGCUGCCCUAUCUUUCUGUUUUUUUCUGUUAAUGCUAGUGGUCAAUUUUGUGGUGUUGCAGAGAUGGUUGGUCCUGUAGACUUCAAUAGAGACAUGGACUUUUGGCAGCAAGAUAAAUGGAGUGGGAGUUUUCUUGUUAAGUGGCAUUUUAUUAAAGAUAUACCAAACUCAAGUUUGAGGCACAUCAUAUUGGAGAAUAAUGAGAAUAAGCCAGUGACUAAUAGCAGAGACACUCAAGAGAUAAUGUAUAAGCAAGGUUUAGAGAUGCUGAAGAUGUUCAAAAAUCACCCACUGAAGACUUCUAUACUUGAUGACUUUGUGUACUAUGAGAAUCGUCAGAAAAUUAUGCAGGAAGAAAAGGCCAGGCUUAUGUUUAAAACCUUCCAAUCCCCAUUGUUUGUACCAGCAUUAAAUCCUGCCCAUGAACUAAAUGGUCUUGUGGAGCAGUCGCUGAACAAAGAUGAUGAUAUGACUGAUCUUAACAGCUCGAAGAAAACUGAGGCAAACAAAUAUGAAAAGAUUAUGAAUCCAAAUUAUCAUAACAGCUGGAAAAAAACCGAGACAAACAAAGAUGAGAAGAUUAUUGAUCAGAAUGAAUUUAACAGCUUGAAGAACACUGGGACCUCUGCCACCAAGCAAGUUUCUUCAGAUUCAAAUGUUAACAUUUCAAGCAGGGAUAAAGAUUCCGGGCAAGAUACAGCUGAUGCAGAUGAUGAUAACAGACCUGUGUUAAAGAUCGGCUCACUUGAUAUAAACCCGACACAGGUGGAAUCUAAGCUCUCACCAAAUGCUGCCAACAAAUCUGCUGAUAUUGUCACAGUAGGAUCGAUGCCUGUUAAAGUUAACAGAAUCGCUGAAUCUUCUGAUUAUCUAACAGUGGGUACUAUCCCACUUGAUCCCAAGUCUCUAGAACUGGACAAAGGUGGUGCUUUUGGUAAACUGGGGUCUCAGUGCUGAUGACAUUGGAAGGUUUGCCAUUGAUGGGUUUUCUUCUUCAGUUUUUUCUAUAAAAUAGUAUUGGCAUAGCGGAUCACUGUAAAAACGAGAAUGGAAUUAUAGGGAUGUGGGCUACAGAAGUUGGAAAAUUCGAAUUGGUUUGGUCGACUUUUGCUCUCUUUUGCUUCCUGCCCCCCUUGAUUUACUUCAUUCAUAGCCCUUGUUUGGAUCUACUAAUUAUAUGUUUCGAAUUUAUUUGGGGUGGGAUUUGCUGGUUUAAAAGGAAAAAUACCAUGCAACCUUAGCUCCUUCCUUCAAAGAUACAAAGAAUUCUGUCGUGCAAUGUACGUUUGAUUAAAUUUGAAAUUUGCUUGUUGUUGCUGUGCCUUCUGCUUGAAAUAAGACCUUUUGAAUUUGAGGAAAUGCUGCAGGUUCUCUCUUUUAUGAUAUGGGGGCAUAAAGUGAGGAAAAUGUCAACGAACCGAUUUUGUAAAUUUGUGCUUGAGAAUAGAAGGUCCAUAAACUAGCAGAGUCAAAGCCCUGGAGUUUAAUUAUGGAAUGGACAGAUACAAGGGAUGUUAAUAGAUUGAGAUUUUGCGAUCUGCUUUGCUUAAUCUCUUACAACAAGACACGUUGAUAACAAUCAUCAUCAAGUAUUCCAUUUGUUUAGGUAAAUACAUCUUCAUUCGUGUGGUUUUCUUCUCUUUAAAUACUGUUCUGGUUGAACUUCAGGUCCUCAGCUAGCUAUUCGCUUCAAACUUCCAAGAUAAAGGUAUGUCAUACUCAUUGUAAUUUAAUCAAUAAAAAAGGCUGGCUAUUUUCUAAUGAUUGGAAAAUGCUGCACCAUUGCGGGUAGAGAGCUGAAAUAUUUGCCCCUUUGAUAUAUUUCAGUAAAUUGCAACUCUAACCAGCUUCAUUCUGACUUGAGAACACAAUCGAAGAGCAAAAACAAAAGAACUUCUACAUGUUGAUGUAUGGUUUCAUGAUAUUAGAUUUUAUCUGACUUUCAUUAUUUUCUGAAUGAGUAUAGGAUAUCUAAAGAUUUUUCCUUGGAUCCUUAUCGGUGAGUAUCUUCUCUUACUUGUUAUUGGAGAUUCUCAUCGAGUGUUCUCUACGCAAUCAAUAAAUCAGUGGCAUCUCAUUGGAGAAUACCAAAGUUGUUUUUUACUCCAUUGAAGAAGGUUUUGAAAUCGGAGUGUCCGUCCCUGAUCUGUUGUGUUAUUUAUUUAAUUAUUUGUUAGCUUCUUUGCCAGAUUCCCUGGAUGGGUUAUUUGAUGUAUUUUAGUAGGGCAUUUUUCAUGUUUUGCUCAUCAAUCAGUAUUAAUUCUCUCUUAAUUACAA